GCGAGUUUACAGCGAACGCGAAUGCCCGGAUGUGCCUCCGCGGCCGCCGUACAGCGACCGUCUGUUUUGGAGGGGAGUCAGCGGCGGAGUCAUGGCUGAAUAUUCACAUGUAAAAUCCACCAAGCUCGUUUUAAAGGGACUGAAGGACAAGAGAAAGAAGAAGCACAAGGACAAGAAGAGAAAGCGAGAUGAUGAUGAGGAGAAGCCCGAUGUUGUUGGCGGCUGGUGGACCGUUCACAGUUUUGGGGAAAUCAGUGGAACGGUGGCCAUAGAGAUGCACAACAGCUCCUACAUCCACGCUCUGGACACGGGGCUGUUCACUGUCGGAGCGCCACAUAAAGAUGAUGAGGGACCUGACCCACCUGAACAGCUCACAGCCAUCAAACUCUCAGACUCCAGAAUAGCUCUGAAGUCGGGAUACGGGAAGUACCUGGGGAUAAACUCGGACGCCGUUGUGGUCGGGCGGUCCGACGCCAUCGGGUCCAGGGAGCAAUGGGAGCCCGUGUUCCAAGAUGGUAAAAUGGCUCUGUUGGCAGCAAACAGCUGUUUCAUCACAUACAGCGAAAGCGGAGACAUCGUGGCCAAGAGUAAGACUGCUGGAGAGGAUGAGAUGAUCAAGAUCCGCUCGUGUGCUGAGAGGGAGGUGAAAAGGACCGAUGACCUGGCAGACGAGGACCGAGGCAACGUCAAGAGCUGCGAAGUCAACUACGUGAAGAAGUUCCAGAGUUUCCAGGACAGAAAGCUGAGGGUGAACGAAGAGGACAGCGGCACUCUGAAAAAAGCCAGAAAAGAUGGAAAAUUCCAUGAGGCUUUACUGGACAGGAGAUCCAAGAUGAAAGCUGACAGAUACUGCAAGUGACACGGGAAAAACUUCCUUUUAUGCUUUUUUUUUUCCCUCCCAGUACAGAUUCUGCAAAUGUGGUGUCAAUUUUGUUUUAUAUUAAAUUUCAUGUUUGACCAGA